CCCGGCUAGACCCAGAGGCCCGGGGAAAGUGAGCCGGACUCCUGCCCAGCACUGGCGGCACGCAGCGCUGCAGGCUUGCCGGAGGGAGUCGUGGCGACCGUGGCAGCCGAGGACAUGGGAGGCUUAAAGAGGAAACAUUCUGAUGUGGAAGAGGAGGAGGAAGAUGAGAAGUGGGACUGGAGUCCAGCUGGUCUUCGGAGCUACCAGCAAGCCCUGCUCCGAAUCUCUCUGGACAAAGUCCAGCGCAGCCUGGGCCCCAGAGCACCCAGCCUCCGCCGGCAUGUCCUUAUCCACAACACACUCCAGCAGCUCCAGGCUGCCAUUCGCCUAGCUCCAGCACCAGCCCUGCCCCCGGAGCCUCUCUUCCUGGGUGAAGAAGAUUUCUCUCUGUCUACCACUAUUGGCUCUAUCCUCAGGGAGCUGGAUACAUCCAUCGGUGAGAUAGACUCGCCUCCGAAUCCAGUGGCUUCCCCGAGUCUUCAGAAUGAAAUGAUGCCUCAGGCUGAUCCUGUGUUUUUAGAAGCUCUGAGCUCCCGGUACCUGGGAGACUCUGGCCUGGAUGACUUCUUUCUGGACAUUGACACAUCUGCAGUGGAAAAGGACUCUGCACUUCCACCCCCGGAGCCUCCCCGAAGCCUCUUCUGUGCCCCAGGAUCCUGGGAGUGGAAUGAAUUGGAUCACAUCAUGGAAAUCAUCUUGGGAUCCUAAGACUGAUGGAGGUCCUUCCUGGCAUCAGCCUCUGUGGGCUGGGUCCUUGGAUGUGACUCUUGUAUGUGUGUUUAACAGAGGCUCUAAACAGUGACUGUGGCCUCCUUUCCUCCUAUGUCAGGAUUCCACAAACUGCCCUGCAUGUGUGCGUGUCUGGUUACCCCAGCCUUCCGUGAAGGUGCGUCUGUCUUCCUGAAUUAAUUUAUCUCUUCCAAAUGCCUUAACGAGACUCUGUUUCAGGGAGUCUGAUUUCUCACUUACACACUUUUUCUGCCUCCAGUUCCCACUGCCCUUGUGACCCCUAGGGCCUCAGGGAACAUAAAACUGGACCUGUCAAACGGGGAUGGGUGGGCUGCCUCUCCAGGGAGUGGGAGGGGCUGGUCUCCUCCUGGCAGGCUGAACCCCGCUUCCUUGGCAGGACCCCAGUCCCAGAAGCCUCCUGAUUCAUAACCAGGCCGGACCAUGUGCAAUAGGGAUGGAAAGCUACCAGUUCCAUGCUAUGCUAUUUAAAAGAAAAAGAAGGCAGGGUUUGUAGUGGCUGUUUUUUAUUAUUAUUUUUUUUUGAGUGUUUCUUUUUUGUAAUAAAAGUAUUUUGGAAAGA